GUCCGCACGGAAAAUCCAUACGAUUAUACAUCAAACGCGAUUGAACUAGACUCAUGUACUUACGCAAAGUACAAGGCCAUUCUUCCUGCCCAUCGAAUACCAUUCAGCGCUCUAUUUCACUAUUUACGUGCAUUGUUACGAUAAAAAAAAACACUAAAGAGUCGUGCCUAACGGAAGUACCUUUUGUAUUACAAACACCGCAAACAAUACACACCGACCAUGCCCUGCAUCGCAACAGGUAGAUCCAGUUCUUCUUCAGCAAGUGUUACAAUGCGAUUUUUUAUUAGUGUACAGGAGACUGUUUAAAAUCAAAUACAGGCAUGCAUCAAGAAAUGUUUUGUCUUGCUCGCGGAAUCGAGGCGAUCCGAUUAAUGGAGGGCGAUAACCAGCGAGAAACGUCUUUCGAAAGGAGCGAUGUUCUUCGCAGACGCGUGAGGAGCAAUCAGAGGCCGAAGCUGAAGAGAGUGCGAAGCGCUAGAAAAGGUUUCGAGAAAUUCCAGAUCUUCGAGGACGAUGUGAACAGUAUCAAGAACAAAUAUUUGAAAGAGUACUGGAAAUAUGUGAAUAGGAUGAAAAUGAUGAAAAUCAAAACCAAAACCGCCAAGAAAAACGUGGAUUACUUGCAGAUGAAGACGAGAAACGAUGUUAAAAGUGAGAACGCUGAUGACAAAACAGUGCCGUGGAUGUUGAGAUGGAAAUACAGAAGGAUUCAUCCUGUUUGUGAUAUCAGAAUCCAGCAGGUCGACGGCGGGUUCUUCGAGCGCUUCGGGUCCCUAUUCAAAGAGCAAGCGGAAUUGGUGGAGGCGCAGGAGCAAAUCGAGAAGAAGAAAGUCGCCGAAGCCGCCGCCGAGGUCGCCCCGGAGAAAAUCGACGAUGAAAACUUCGACGAGCCCGCCCCCACCGUCGAGAGCGACGAAGUCUCCGUCAGCUCCACCGAUACCGAAGCCGAAGUGGAGAAGGAUCCCACGCAACUCAUACACACCGCAUGGAACAUAGACGAGCUCUACUCCGAGGUCUUGUACGAAAUCCUCCACAACGUCGGCUGCGAUUUGAGCUUCGAAAUCGGCCAAACCUCGUUGUUUUCCUACGCCCAAGAUGCUUUCAAAAUAUCCAACGACAAGCACAAACACCUCAUGGAAGUGGCGGAGAAAAAGGAAGCGCCCGAUCUCAUGAUUAACGUCGAGGUGAUCGAAGCCAAAGAGUUGCAUCCCAAAGAUUCCAACGGUCUGAGCGAUCCUUUCGUAACGCUGUACUUGGCUUCUAACGCGUCCAGGAAGUACAAUUCGUCGGUGAAACCGAUGACUUUGAAUCCGACGUGGGAGGAACACUUUGCAUUGCCGAUACAAGAAAACGCCACCGACGACACUCUCUGUCUGGAAGUUUGGGAUUUCGAUCCCGCCGAAUCGGUGAAGGAAAAAUUGGGCAAAGUGUUCGACGUCAAAGGUCUCAAAGGCAUGAGGAAAUUGGUGAAGGAAAUCGCCGUCACCGCCACAACGGGUCAACACGAAAACGAACUCAUCGGAAGGGCUAAUAUUCCUUUAAAUACAAUUCCAGCAUCCGGAAUGACCAUGUGGUACAGUUUGGACAAAAAGAACAAAAUCACCCGACAAGGUGUCCUGAAAGUUCGCAUAUCGUUCAGCUCCGAAAAGAACAAUCAAGUAGCCGAACAAGAGUACCGGCAUCUCUUGAGAAUAAUCCUCCUGCACGAGCUCGAAAUGUCCAAGGUGGCGCCCAACUGGUGGUUCGGCACGUUCAGCCCUCAAGGCGCCCAAUUGCUCACCCAGCACAUCGCCCAAUCCGGCCUGACGCCCGUCGAAGUGGCCGUUUGCCAGUACUGCGUGUUCGCCUUCAUCCAUCAGAAUCACGCCCUGAGCCUGACGCUGUUCUCGAAUCUGCUCGACAGGCUCUCCAAACCCAUCCAAAUGGGCGUCGUUUGCGACGAAGACGUGAAACUGUUCUGGGACGCCACCAAGAAGCUCCUGCCGUCGUGCUUCGGCGUCAUCAGGAAGAUCCGCAGGAAAAACAUCAACGAAAAGACCAAAAUGAAGCAAGUCACCGAUGUACUAAAAAUCUUGAAUCACAUCCAUACGCUGGAUCCGCCGACGAACAUCGAUUUGUUCCCGAGGGCGGCGUAUCCUUGGAUCACUAACAGGAUCGAUGAUGAGUCGAAUUGUAAUGUUCCAUCUGCUUUGAAUGAUGCAGUAACGAAAGGGGCUGUGGAUUGGUUGAAUCACAUUUUGGAGAACAACAAAAGGCCCGACGAAAGCGACUUUGCCAGAUUGCAGAAUUUCAUACAAAUCAUUCAUUUGAUCAGAAGCGACCUGCAGAAGGCCAUAGAGUUUUACGAUAAACUAUUCCAAGAGACUGUAAAUUUCCAAUAUGCCAAAGCUUUGUACGUGUUCUACCAAGAAAAAGUAACAUCCCUGUGCGAACCAGAAGUCAGAGAUAUAUGCAGAAAUCUCAAGAAGAUCCAAUACGAGAGUACCGACGGCGAGAACGCGGAGGAUCCCCUUUGCGACGGUACCUCGCUGUUCGAAUUGUACCUGGCAGUGCAGAAAUUCGCCACGCUCGGCGCCGGAUUGUGCCCGGCGGACUGUGAUAACUUCCAAAUUAGGAAUUUCCACGAAUGGUUCCACGGCGGCGUCGCCCAAUGGCUGGACAUCGCCGUUUACAAGGCCCUGCAGAGGAUCGAAAAGGCCGUGGAACUGGACCGAUUGACUCAUGUGGAUAAUACGGUGAAAUACAGUUCGUCGGCGGUCGAUACGCUGACGAUAUUCUAUCAGGUGAAAGUGUUUUGGCAACAAUUGAACUGGCCGGACGUGGAGAGUUGUUACUCGUUCAUAGCGAAGAUUAUCGACGAUAUCUGCAGGUGUUCGGUGUUCUACGCGGACAAAAUGGCUGCCAAGGUGGAAGGUUUGGGCGACAGCCAGAACGUCUACGAGAAGAAAUUCGAAAUAACGAACGAAUGGUGUUUGGCCAUCAACAACAUCGAUUACGUUAGAGAAACUUUGGAACCGUUCACCAACGAUUUGGGCAUGACUGAAGUUAUACAAAAAAUCUGUGAUAUGAAAAGCCCCGUCGACGCCCAACGAUGUCAACAGACCUUGGAGAACGUCAUCGCCAAUGCCAUUGAUACUGUUAGGAAUAAAAUUAUCGAAUUAUUGGAAGUCGUAGUGUCGAAGAUGGUACCGUCUAUGAGAAGACUUCUCGUAGAGGGCGCUGAAUUGUGCGAACAAGAUUGCAACAGCAUUGAUAGACUGAUGAUGUAUGUAGACAAUAAUUUGGGUACCUUGCAUAGGGAAUUAAACGAGGAAAACUUCAGUAGGACGUUAUCGAUCGUAUGGGAUACGCUGGCUCUUACUUUGAAAGAAAUUAUACAAACCAACGUGGAUAAAAGAAGGCCUCCUUCGUUUUUCGCUAAUCUCCGUAAAACUUUAAAUUUAAUGAUGGGUUCCUUUAAAAACCCCAACGAAUACGAUAGCUGCGAUGUGUUAUCGAAAACCGAGCAAUUGCUUCGGAUACACGGAAUGGAAACCGGGGAUUUAAUACACGAGGUGCAUAAGAACAUGCAAAAGAAAUUCAAAGAGACCACCGAAUCGCCAUACGGAGAAAUAUCGGUGAGAGCAAAAUUUCAAGAUACAAGUUUAACAGUAGAAGUUAUGAAUGCUAGUAACCUGAUGGCGAUGGAUUGGAAUGGUUCUUGCGAUUCUUUCGUUAGGAUUCACCUUCUACCCGACCACAAAUUCCUUUCCAUCGAGAAGCCGAAGACUAAAACGCACAAUAAGAACCAGUUUCCUCUGUACGAUGAACAAUUUACAUUUACUUUAACGUGCGACCAAAGGCAAAUCGAAGACGGUUUAAUUAUGUUUAGCGUUAAAGAUAAAGAUUUAUUAGGGUAUAACAAUCGGUAUAUUGGAGAGGCGUUUUUGGCAUUUAGCGAAAUUGAAGAUACCAUGCAGUAUAUAGGAUGUUUACCUCAAACUCAUUUGUUAUUAGACAGAGCCUCCAAUUCAAUUUUAGCUUCUGAAGAAAUGCGCGCUUUGGAGCAGAGGCAAGGAGACAAACUGGCCAAAGAAUUUCUGAAGAAAUUUAAACAGAGAAUGGGGUCAUGAUCUUUAAUGAAUAGACUGUUGUCAUUUAGAUUUAGAAAUUUGAAACGAGAUAGAGUCGCGCCAGUUUUUUAAUUCACGUCGUAACCUAUAGGUUAAAAGUUUAUCUCGUUGAUGUUUUAACUACCUACUUAAUAAUAUGUAUAAAUCGAAUGAGUAGAUGUAUUUAGUCGCACA